AUGCGUCUCAGAUUUUUCCCCUUUUUUGUUCUCUUCUUCUUUAGCUUCAACAGCAACCUAUCAUGGGGCUUGAUGAGUCCGAACCAACAACCUCAGUUCUUCAAGCUUAUGAGAAACUCUUUCUCCGGAAACGCUUUGUCCUCUUGGAAUCUCUCAGCUGACAACUGUAAGUUGAGCGGCGUAAUCUGCGACGGUGAAGGGCUAGUCACGGAUCUUGAUCUUUCCGGUCGGUCCCUCUCCGGGAUUUUCCCAGAUGGGAUUUGCUCUUACCUCCCAAACCUCCGUGUUCUUCGUCUCUCUCAUAACCAUCUCAACAGAAGCAGUAGCUUCCUCCACACCAUCCCUAAUUGUUCUAUGCUUCGAGAGCUGAACUUGAGCGCUCUCUAUCUCAAAGCCACUCUCCCUGAUUUCUCCCCCAUGAAAUCUCUAAGAGUCAUCGACAUGUCAUGGAACCAUUUCACCGGUGGCUUUCCGCUCUCCAUUUUCAACCUCACCGAUCUCGAGUAUCUCAAUUUCAAUGAGAACCCAGAGCUCCAUCUCUGGACUCUUCCGGAUUAUGUCUCCAACCUCAAGAAGCUAACACACAUGCUCCUCAUGACGUGUAUGCUCCACGGCAAUAUCCCGAGAUCCAUUGGGAAUCUGACUUCCCUUGUUGAUCUCGAACUUAGCGGAAACUUCCUCUCCGGCGAGAUUCCAAAAGAAAUCGGGAAUCUUUCCAACUUGAGGCAGCUUGAGCUUUACUAUAACUAUCACUUAACUGGGAGCAUUCCGGAGGAAAUCGGUAAUCUCAAGAAUCUUACGGACAUAGAUAUCUCGGUUAGCAGGCUAACCGGAAGCAUACCGGAAUCAAUCUGCAGCCUUCCAAAACUCCGAGUGCUUCAGCUUUACAACAACAGCUUAACAGGUCAGAUUCCCAAGUCACUUGGCAACUCAAAAACCUUAAAGAUCUUGUCUCUCUACGACAACUACUUAACCGGUGAACUCCCGCCAAAUCUUGGAUCUUCCUCGCCUAUGAUCGCUCUUGAUGUCUCGGAAAAUCUUCUCUCGGGUUCUCUUCCAGCCCAAGUUUGCAAAUCCGGCAACCUUCUCUACUUUCUUGUCCUACAAAACAAGUUCUCCGGUUCAAUCCCCGAGACUUAUGGGAGCUGCAAGACUCUUAUACGGUUCCGUGUAGCGAGCAACCGCCUCGUGGGAGACAUACCGAAAGGAGUUUUGUCUCUGCCUCAUGUUUCAAUCAUCGACUUGGCUUACAACAUAUUGUCCGGUCCAAUACCUAGUUCAAUCGGAAACGCCUGGAAUUUGUCAGAGCUGUUUAUGCAGGGUAAUAGAAUCUCCGGUGUUAUACCUCGUGAGAUCUCUCGUGCCACCAACCUUGUGAAGCUUGAUCUUAGCAACAAUCAACUAUCUGGUCCAAUACCUUCAAAGAUCGGAAGACUGAGGAAACUGAACUUACUUGUGCUGCAAGGCAACCACUUGGAUUCUUCGAUACCUGAAUCGCUCUCUAAUCUCAAAUCCCUCAACGUUCUUGAUCUGUCCAGUAAUCUCCUCACCGGAGCAAUCCCUGAAGACCUCUCCGAGUUGCUGCCAACCUCUAUCAAUAUAUCCAGCAAUCAGCUCUCUGGUCCCAUCCCUGUCUCAUUGAUAAGAGGAGGUCUUGUAGAAAGCUUUUCGGAUAACCCUAAACUCUGUGUUCCGCCAAAUGCUGGCUCAUCGGAUUUAAAGUUUCCGUUGUGUCAAGAGGCUCGCAGCAAAAAGAAGCUAAGCUCGAUAUGGGCAAUCCUUGUCUCAGUCUUCAUCCUAGUCCUAGGGGUCAUCAUGGUUUACUUGAGACAACGGUUGAGUAAAAACAGAGCAGUGAUUGAGCAAGACGAGACCUUAGCUUCUUCUUUCUUCUCCUACGACGUUAAGAGUUUCCACCGCAUAAGUUUCGACCAAAGGGAGAUUCUCGAAGCCCUGGUGGACAAGAAUAUUGUAGGUCACGGUGGCUCUGGUACGGUCUACAGAGUUGAGCUCAAAUCGGGAGAAGUAGUUGCGGUGAAGAAACUAUGGAGCCAAAGCAGCAAAGAUUCAGCUUCUGAAGACAGAUUGCAUUUGAACAAAGAGUUGAAAACCGAAGUUGAGACACUCGGGAGCAUUCGCCAUAAGAACAUUGUCAAGCUCUUUAGCUACUUCUCAAGUUUGGACUGUAGUCUUUUGGUGUAUGAGUACAUGCCUAAUGGUAACUUAUGGGACGCUCUUCACAAAGGCUUGGUUCAUCUCAAUUGGCCAACUCGUCAUCAAAUCGCGGUUGGAGUCGCUCAAGGAUUGGCUUACCUUCACCAUGAUCUCUCUCCGCCAAUCAUUCAUCGUGACAUCAAAUCCACAAACAUAUUAUUGGAUAUAAACUAUCAGCCUAAAGUUGCAGACUUUGGCAUUGCAAAGGUGUUGCAGGCUAGAAGCAAAGAUUCAACCACAACCGUUAUCGCGGGCACUUAUGGUUACUUGGCUCCAGAAUAUGCAUACUCCUCCAAAGCAACGAUCAAAUGCGAUGUGUACAGUUUCGGGGUGGUGUUAAUGGAGCUGAUCACGGGGAAGAAACCAGUGGAUGCGUGCUUCGGGGAGAAUAAAAACAUAGUGAAUUGGGUGUCAACAAAGAUUGAUACUAAAGAAGGAUUGAUGGAAACAUUAGACAAGAGAUUAUCGGAGUCGUCGAAAGCAGACAUGAUCAACGCCUUGCGUGUAGCUAUUCGUUGCACGAGCAGAACUCCAACAAUCCGUCCUACCAUGAACGAAGUCGUUCAGCUUCUAAUCGACGCAGCACCUCAAGGAGGACCCGACAUGACCUCCAAAUCCACAACUAAGAUUAAGGAUGCUAUGUUAUCAGAUCAUAUUACACAAACAAGACUCUAG